AUGGAAUCUUCGACAUUCUACACUCUACAGCUAAUGUCACUCUGUCAAAUGGAAUGCUUGACUUUCACAGGAACGGUUCUAUCACCAGUGGUCAUCUAUUCUCGGAAAAGGAUCCAGCUCCCUUUCGGUUUCAAGAAUAUUGUCUCAAGUGGGUGCAGAAUCAUCAUUAGGCAAGUUCGAGGAGUUGGAAGAACAGAGUAA